AUGAAGUCGAAAAGAACCUUCAGGCAUUUGACACGACCACGCUACCACCACUACUUCCUACUCUCCACGAACCAACCCAAAUCAAGCCUUAUUGCGAGCGAGAGCACUCAGCAGUAUCAUCGAAGCGGCCCCCAAGAAUACCAACAUGUUAGGGACCUCUUUCUCGGCUGCGCUGUGGCCUACAUUGCGUGGUCUAUCGCUUGCUUAGAGACCAACGUGCGCAAAGCUCGCAGUCUCAAAGUGCCCAUCGUGCGCCUCCCCAUUGAUUCCAACAACGUCUUUUGGAUCAUCCUCCAGCCUCAUGUCUGGAAGUUUCUCGAUGGACUUCCCUUCUCAUGGUCAUCUUAUCCACGAUUCGUCCGCUUCUCGCGCCGGGGAUGGUACUUCGCCGAGCGGGCAGAGGCUCAUGUACAGCUGGGCCCAGUCUGGGCGCUGGUAUCACCCAUAGCCAUCAACAUGCACUUUGCAGAUCCCGACACUAUCCACGAUAUUGUAACUCGACGUGGCGAUUUCCAGCGACCUGCCAAAGAGUUGGCGCUCUUGGAGCUCUACGGCCCCUGCAUAUCAACUGCCAAAUGGGACGACUGGCCUCGCCACCGCAAAGUCAUGGCCACUCCAUUCAACGAGACGAUCAUGAAGUUCGUCUGGGAAGAGUCCGUUCGUCAAGCCAAGGGCAUGCUGCACUCAUGGUCCAGCGCACGCUCGACCGGCAUUCCGAGUUACCAGAAAGACACGCGGACGCUCUCGCUCAACGUCCUCGCGGCCACCGGAUUCCGAAGAUCGUACGACUUCCGCGGCUCCGCGGAACCCGCAACAGACGAGAUCGGGAGCUACCGUGACUCUUUGCAGACUGUCCUUGAUGAUAUCAUUCCUGAUGCUGGUACCGUUCCGUAUCCUCCGCAUGAUGCCAGGAAGCGCCAUAUGGUUGAGAUGCUCGACAAGGAGACCACAGCACUACAGCAGGGCAAGCCCGGUUCUGGCACCAUCAUGACGUCCCUCGUGCGCGCAGCCAACAUGCCCCAUCAGGGCGCCGCUACUGCAUCAGAUUCAGACCUCCGGGGCGCCAAGAAAGGCCUCUCCGCAGACGAGGUCUUCGGCAACCUGUUCGUCAUCAACUUCGCUGGCCAUGAUACCACAGCCAACACUCUAGCAUUCGCGAUGCUACUCCUAGCUUCACGCCCGGAUGUCCAAGCCUGGGUGGCCUCCGAGAUUGCAUAUGUCACCGGAGAUCGGCCCCUAGAGGCCUGUGACUACAAUGACCUUUUCCCGCAGCUUAAGCGCUGCCGAGCCGUCAUAUACGAGACACUGCGCUUGUACCCGCCGGUGCCGGCCCUCCCGUCCAUCACGUCCAACGGGACGCAACACCUCCGCAUUGGCGAUCGCACUCUUUACAUACCAGAGGGAGUCAACCUCACUGUAAACCUUCGAGCGAUGCAGGUGCACCCACAGUACUGGUCAGACGGCAAUGUUUGGCAGCCCUCGCGAUGGAUCUCCAACUCCGCUCCCAUCGGCUCCCCUUCACCUUCACCUGACCAGCUGGUCAGAGAACAGUUCUCCGAGCCGAGCAAAAGUAUCUUCUUCCCAUGGGGUGAAGGCCCGCAGAUAUGCCCCGGUAAGAAGUUCGCCGAGGUCGAGGGCGUGGCUGUGUUGGCGAGCCUGUUUGGAGGACACCGUAUCUCGGCGAAGAAGCAAUCGGGGGAGAGCGAUGAAGGGGCUCUUGGGCGGGUUGAUUCCUGUCUUAACGAUGUCGACCUGGAGAUGCUGUUGAGGCUGAAGGAUGCCGACCAGGUCACGCUGGUAUGUGAAGAGGCUUGA